GUGCAAUUACGACGCCUCUUCUCGAAAGCGCAUGUGUGCCCACAUCAACUCAGAGCGAUCUAAACGUUGCCACCAAAUUGGAGCGCCUGGUAAUGGGAGGAUUUGUCAGUACAGCGUUGUUUGAGCUCACGGUGGCUGCUAUCACAGUGUAUCAUUCAAUUCAAUUACGCUCUGAUGACAUGUACACCCUCUAUAAACUAGCCCCGACCUUAUCGAAGGGGAGUUUGGUAUAUGCGCUGUCGCUUUUUGCAAUCUCUGUUGCAAACAUUGUUUUUUUUUCCUUGCAGGUCCCGAACGGGUACAGUGGCAUCAUCGAUGUGUUUCAAGGUGUUCUUCAUGGUGUUAUAGCUUCACGAAUUCUUUUUGAUCUGCGCGAUGCGGACCAGAGGAAUAAAGAUAUCUUCUGCCUUUCUGAUUUACAGUUUGAACCGCACAGGAUAUCUACGGCUACCUUAGGCAAUGUAUGAAUCACAUAUCUAUGAGGAGCGAUCCCCCCACUAUGCGUGAACGCGGAGGUUGGCUUGCGACCCAACAGUAUG